AUGUCGUCGAAUUUAGUUAGUCUGGAUUUUAUGCCACUUGAGGACUCCGGUGAAAACUAUUUAUCAUGGGCGCUCGAUGCUGAGCUGCAUCUAGAAGCGAAUAAACUUGGUCAUGUGAUUAUUGGGGGAGACUGGACGUCAGACGAACGCGCCAGAGCUGUAGCUUACUUGCGUCGUCACCUGUCCCCAACCCUGAAACAUGAGGUGGUCACCCUGCCAAAAAUUCGUGACCAAUGGAUUCAUCUGAGGUUUCGGGAUUUUAAAUCCGUAUCGGCUUACAAUUCUGAGUUGCACAAAAUCGCUGCUAAAUUUGAGAUGUGCGGUAAGCAGUUAUCAGAAGAAUCCAAGCUAGAAAAGACGCUGAGUACUUUUCAUGCUUCCGAUAUUGUACUCCAACAGUUAUAUCGGGAACGCCGUUUUACACGGUAUUCUGAUCUUAUAUGUUGUCUUCUCUUGGCUGAGCAGAAUAACGAAUUGUUAAUUAAAAAUUACGAGUCCCGUCCUUGUGGUUCUGCUCCGGUGCCCGAAGUAAAUAGGGCAUCGUAUUCUGGACAUGGACAUGAUCGUGGUAAGCAGGGUUAUCGUGGAAAGAAGCGUAAACGCGGAGGCUAUAGGCAUAGAAAUUCCAACAACCAUCUGCAUAACAAAAAUGCGGAAGCGAAGCAAGAUAAAGGGAAGGGAUCGACUUCCAAUUCUCAAAAGAAAUCUGAGAAUCCCCUCAAGAAAAAUGACGAGGGUUGCUAUUGCUGUGGUUCUAAAGACCAUUGGUAUAAAUGCUGCCGCGCGGAUCUCUGUGAGCUUCACAAGAAAAGGGAAGCAAACCUUGAGAUGAAUUUGGCAGAAUGCAAUAUUUCCACUGAAUCUCCAAAGUUAGAGGUUUCUGACUACCUACUCGAUUUUGAGGGCAAUGGAUACCAGACUGCUUUUGACCAGUUUGUAGAUGGGUUGUUUAGUGUAAAUUAA